CCAUCGAUUUGUGCCUGGAAUAGGAUGCAAAAAGCGGGCUCCAACGAUGGAGCUGGCGCUGGCCAGCCAGAGGAGCCACCAACCGCUCCUCCGCAGGCUCCAACCAGCUCGCAACGUUCCUUCGACUCGGGGAGCAGCGGAAAUGGCGCCGACUUUCAAAUCAGUUUGAACGACUUUCUGGAGUUUUUAAAGCUUAGCUGUCAUGUGAAUGAUAUGAUAGCUAAGGCUGACAUGGGGAAACCACACAAUAGGGAGCCAGUGCCUCCGAUGGAGGGCUCCGGCUCGUCCACUUCCACAUCAGGAAAACGAAAUUCCAAACGAGAGGACUUUGAUUUCGACCAUUUGGCGGACAACCCAUUAGUGAACGAGCUGCUCGGGCUGCGGCGAUCGUCCUCCCGGCGCUCCAGUAGCCGAACUACGGAUGACAGUCGGUCAAGUUUACUGCUGGAGGCUAGAGCAGGAGGACUUCCCCGAACGGGUCACAAUCAUGGCAGUCGCUCCUCCCGAACGGAGACGUCUUAUCGCGGAUUGCAUCCGAAAUUGGCGGAAAAACUGGAUGCGGUGAUCAAUGAAGGUGUCUUGGACUCGGUAUUGGCCUUCAUAUGCCCGGUUCCGUUUCCUACGCAGCUGGCAGUGAAUGGCGGCCGUGGCAACAAACCCAAGCAACUGCAGGGACCCAAGGAGCUCUUCUCGUUGCCAGCACCUUCGCCGAACCAAACUCCGGCUUCCUCUCCCAUGCCCGGGGCAGCGGCAAACCUUCCCUCUGGAGCAGUCAAAUCGAUGAUGGAAUUAGGACACUCUCACACGGUUCUUCCAGCGACUUCUUCAUCAUCCCCAUGCUUGCAGCAGAACCAUGGUAGCGGCCCCGAUCCCAUCCACCCCAAUCAGAUCACCAACAGCAUGGUGAGGGCUAUGCUGAAAGAACCAAUUCCAAAGCCUGGAGCUCCCCCUACAGGCAGGCGUAAAUCGUUGCUCUUGGUGAAGGACAAGAAUUCCAGGCAGGAGAAGAAGGAACCCGAAGUGGUAAUCCACGUCUGCGAUGAGGUGAAGAACACCUCGAGGGACUUCACCUGCCCGCAGCAUUUGCUCGUUUCCAAAAUGGGUUACUUUGCGGAUGUCACUGCUGGCCAGCGACUGGAGGAGAUGGACAUAUCCGUGCACUGCGACAUUCUCAUCUUCGACUGGCUAAUGAAGUGGAUCAAGCACAGUGCCCAGAGUCAGGAUCUUCCGGGACCCGGCCAGAGCCCCGGCCCCCAGCUGGACGGCAACAAUGUGGUGCCCAUCCUGGUCUCAGCCAGUUUCCUGCAAAUGGAGCCGCUGCUUCUGGAGUGCUUGGCCUUUUGUCACGCCCACCUGAGCGAGGUGGUGCGAACCUCCACCAACCUGUCGUGCCUAAACGACGCUCUCGUCACCCGGCUAGCCGCUAUGUUUACGAAUCUGGAGCUGGAGAUGGUCAGGGACAAAAAGGAGAGAGUUACUCCGCGCCUGUGGACAAAACUGAUACAAUCUCUUUGCGAACCGGAUCCGGAGGCGUUGCGCGGCCACUUCUACAGCAUGUCCGGGUUGUUCCGGUGCUCCCGCUGCUUCAACUGCGUCACCAACACCAUGAAGUCCUACGUCAACUGCUUGCCCAGCAACAUUCGCCUAAAUCGAUGGGGCCAACUGAUGAGCCACCAUGUCCGGGACUCCAAUUGGGAUUUGAGCGCAUACAUCGUCCAGCUCUUCAAGGAGCUCAAAUCCUGGCGAAAGGUCUACUGGAAACUGUGGGGUCACUGCCAUUAUCUCUAUUGUUGCACUUGCGAGGCACACUUUCCGGUAUACCAGAUGCACUGGUGCCGCUUCCAUCCGGAAGCUCCUAAUUUCCUGGGUCCAGUUGGUAAUGCUGGACCGGCUGGACGAUAUGCUUGUUGUGGCCAGCAGGCCUUUCGCUAUGAGACGCUACCGGGACCGAAUGGAUGCCAGUUUCGAGAGCACAGUGUCCUGGUGGAGACCGAUAGAGAACGAGCCAUCCUGGCCAUAGCCCAGCUGGUCGGCGAGAACUACGCCCUCUGCGAACCGCCUCCAUUGAGAAUCCAGGAAAUGGCAGCCGCUGGAGAGAUCUGCCCCAGCUGGCAAGGAAUAUCCCUUACACCCCAAAGAUGCCGCCAAGGCCUCUUGCCCCAGCUCUGCAUGGACAGCGUUCUGAAAAGAGUCACCAACCACCGGGUGAGCCGCAGGAUGCGAGGCUCGCGCUAUCAAAUGGACACCAGCACCGACUCGGAAACGACCUCCACCAGCGAGGAUGAUGCCAGAUGCCUGCGGCCUCGAGCUCGCAAUGUCCAUGACGAUGACGAGGACUUUAGUUCCAGCAGCGAUGGUUGCGAAUCAGAUCACCGGCCGCCGCCGAGAAAAGCGCGUGGGAAGAAGUCCCGCAAGCGUCCCACCGACGUAUCUGGUCGUUUCUGGUCAGGAGAGUUGUCAGCCCGCAGCAACCAGGAUCACCAGCGCGACUUCGAAGAGAAGAUCAUGAAGCAGGUGGCCACCUAUGUGACCAAGAAGACGGGCACGGAUCAGUGCCUGGUGCAGAAUGCCCAACCAUUGGGCGGAACUUAUGUGCGCCUCGAGUCCGAAUGGAAGGAGAUGAUGAAAACUCGGCACAGCCACCACAAUAUGCUGGGUUCGGUUUCGGGCGGCACUGCCAUGACCCAAGGUAGCAACACCUGUCUGGGAGCAAAUAUAGCAUCCGGCGGAUCCUCCAUGUCCGUCAUGUCGAAGCAGAAGCACAAGUAGACCCCCUUUGCGGCGGACGUAGUUUGUUUGAAUUGCUUAGCAAAAAUUGUAGACCAAAUGUUUAGUCAGACACUUUGUAGUGAAAUGUUUAGCGUAAAUCACAAUUAGAAAAAUUAAAUGAUUAUAUUAUGUCUAA